UACACGAACUUGUUUUAGAAGCCGAACUAGUGCGAGAGUGAAGAUGAAGAGAUCCAAAGGCGGUGGUGACGAGGAAGCUCCCCGGCAGAAUGGCUCAGCGAGCCGAAGGAAAGCAGACCAGCAGCAAAGUGACGGGGACGAGGGUGGCAGUGACAUCGGCCCAGCCGACCUGCAAGACGACGACAAUGACCAGGGCCUGAGGAGAGAAAUAAGGAGCAAAUACAGAGACCUCAUCAGCUCAGUGCAACAGAACAGGGAAGAUAUGCUGAGCCCAUCAAACAACAAACUAACAGAGGUUUUAGAGGAAGCAAACAAACUUUUUAAAGAUGUUCGACAGGCGAGAGAAGCAGCCCUGGAUGCACAGCUCCUUGUUGUGGCUACAGACCUGGGGAAGGAGAAAGCCAGCCAGCUGUUCUCCGAGGGAACUGCUUUCGAUCCCACUGCUUUUGCUGAGCAUCUCUUGUCGUUCAUGGGUUUGAACCGACUAGAAGAUGAUGAAGACGAGCAGCAGACCACUGCUAAUGGCUACCUGCCGCAGGAUGCCUGGCACCGAUUGGCCAGGAGAGCAGAGUGCUGCUUUAGGACAGCCCCCUCUUUCCACUACAUGAUGGGCUCGUUCUAUGCAGAACCACCUCCCCCGAAACAAAGGAUAGAACGGCAAAGAAAAGCACCCAGCAAAGAAGCCAAAAGGAUAAUGCCUACUCAGCUGAAGAAAAUGGAAGAGUCGCAACAAGAAGCGACAGAAAAAGAAGUGGAAAGGAUUCUGGGGUACCUGAAGAGCUAUUACCAAGAUGAUCCAACCUCACCAAUAUCAUAUUACGAGUUUGUCAUUGACCCCAGCUCCUUUUCCCGGACAGUGGAGAACAUCUUCCACACUUCUUUUCUGAUCAGAGAUGGAUUGGCAAGAAUGUAUCUUGAUGAGGAGAAAUUGCCAUGUAUAGCUCCUGUAGAGGAGGGGGAGGUGGAAGCCGGAGGUUCCACCAGCCGUAAACAGUGUAUCCUCUCUAUCAGCCCAAAGAUAUGGAAGGAGCUCAUAGAUGCCUUCGAAAUCAGAGAUUCAAUUAUUCGACCUCCAAACACACAGAAUGACUGACAGACCACAUCACCUUCUCCACUGGAAAACUCAAACAUUGUUCUUAAAUGUUUUACAUAAUAAAAUUCAAGUGAAGUGUUACAGUUUUA